GAGAGAGAGAGAGAGAGAGAGAGAGAGAGAGAGAGAGAGGAGAGAGAGAUUGAGAGAGAGAGAGAGCUUCUUCUCCUAAGAGAAGAGGGGUAUUAAAUCAUUGAUAUCUCAGAAACCCUAGGACAGAUAAACAUCUCUGAUUCUUCGAUCAUUGCGUUUCAAGAUCUCGAUUGUUCGUUCACUACAGGGACUGGUUUGUGCUUCAGCAAUGGCAAACUCCAAGAGUACAUCAAAUAUCAGAAAUUUUAUGUAUUCCGGAAAGCAUCCUUUACUUCCUCCUAAAAGUCCAUUUCCUAGUGUUGCCCCAUCAUAUGCAGAUUAUGUCUUUAGUCCUGCAAUUGGAUCAAAAAUUGUUCAGAAGCCUAGAGAGGGAAAUGCACAUCACCAGAGGACUUCCUCAGAGAGCCUACUUAUAGAGGAACAACCUUCUUGGCUUGAUGAUCUCCUUAAUGAGCCAGACACACCUAUACGCAGAGGAGGUCAUCGUCGUUCAUCAAGUGACUCUUUUGCAUAUGUGGAUGCAAUUAAUGCUUCCAACCUUGAUUAUGCCACUCAAGACGAGUACAAAUAUCAUAAUAUGAUUUCUGCACCCUCUUGGGGAUCUCAAGACUUUGAUCCUCGAAAAGAUUUACGACAUGCUUCAUUAUACACAGAACUGAACUUGGUGAAGCAGAAGAAUAAAGCAUGGGAGUCUUCUUUGAAUAGUGUAAAUAACCUGGGGGGCCUUCCUUCUGCCAGGGAUAACAUUAUUCUUCAGAGUUCAAGAUCAUUAUCUACACCACAAGAAGCUGAUGGGAUUGCCUCUACAGUGAGUGAAAAGCAGGAUCAUUUUGAUUCUGGUCUUCAUGAUCCAAAGGCUUCUUCUGAGAGAAAGGACAAUUCCAAUGCUAAGCCUUAUGCAUCUGAGACAGAUGCAAAACGUGCUAAACAUGAAUAUCAUUAUUUGGCGUGCAAGGGCAAGAAGGCCAGGGUGAUGGGGGUUGCCUAAACAGGAGAGUUUUUAAGCUUACGAUGGAUUGUGUUUUGAGGAGCUUUGGGACAGAAUUUGUUUUCAGUCAGCGCUUUGGGCUUUUGUUUCCUCAGAGUUCAGAGAUACCCCUUUAUUCCUAAUUCCUUCGCCGCUGUCUCUCCCUUUUGUCGUCGUCAGCUCAUCCGCAACCAUGGCAAUAGCAAGAAAAAAGUCAAUGACUCUGAUAACAUGUCACUCGUAAAUGAGAAGCAGAGUAAGCAAAUUACAGAGAUACCGAAGAGUACAAAAUGCCACUGGUAUGGAUUGACUUGGAAAUGACUGGUGAGGGUAAUAUUGCUUUAGUAUAUAUGAAAAUGUAUAACUAAAUAACAUUGAUAAUUUCUUCGCUACUCUUGGGAACUAGUUCUAUGUGGAAUUUUGUUGUAUGGACUAUGGAGUAAAUACAUGUUGCACGACGUGACUUAUUCGAGUUUAUUAGGGGGUCAUGGGGAUACCCAUGGAAAGACAAGCUCAGGUCCUUUCCAUGAUCUUUUGUAAUCUUCCUUUCACAGUUGGAAAGGGGGAGGUUUUGUUUCUGGGAUGAUAUUUGGAUUGGGAUUCCUAUUUCAGUGUCAUUUUCUCCCAUCUCUAUAGGAUCUCUUUGCCAAUCUUCCACAAAAUUACACAGGUUGUUCACUGUUCGGCUUCCCUUCUCGAUGUUUCCUCUCGCUUCUUUCUUGCCACAAUUUGUUUUCUGUUUUAAUAUCAAUUGAGAGUGUUGAAGGGAUGUGCAAAUAGAUGGGAAGAAGUAGAAUUCAUUUUGAUUAAAGAAAGUGAGAAUUAACCUUGCUAUUUUAUACUUCUUGGUUGUUUUGAUGAAGUUGGGAAUAAGUUAAAUAGUCCAUCUUUUCUUGGUAUGUUUUGAGACCCUUCGCAUAUGCUGAUGAAAUGGUCCAUCUUUGAUUAUGCCUAAUUGCGGUUUUUAAAAUGUUCUGGAAUUGAUAUGGGCUUACUGAAAUUUUUUUUAUUAAAAAAAAAAAGAAAAACAUUAUGCAUUUAAAUGCAGAUAUUGUUUGUUGGGUCAAAAAUAAGAAAAUGGAGAGAGUAGCACAACACUACUACGCAAAAUUGGCGCAUGUUAUUUGGUGCAUGUUAUAUGCAUUGGUGCUCCCUUUUCUCAAUCGCUCUCCACGUUUUCUGCAUGCUCAAUCGUUCGUAUCUUUCAAACUUAUUAGUUUAUACUUUUCUGUGUAUAUAUUAUGUCUUGCAUUCUUUCGUUGGUUUUGAAACUAUAGCCGAGUAUACCAUAGCUCUACAACUUUCCAUUAAGUGGUUCCAAUAAUAUAGUUUCAUGUAUAAUAUUCUUUCACUCUUUUACUAAUUUUUGUUACACUAUCAAUCACUCACAGGUCAUGCUAUUCAUAAUGGUUUAAAGAAUUUCAAGAGCUUCAUUCACCCAA